AUGCCUGGUAAAAUAAAAGUUAAAGUACUGGCCGGUCGUAAUUUGCCGGUUAUGGACCGAGCAGGGGAUACAACUGAUGCUUUCGUUGAAAUAAAAUUUGGUGGAGUGACCCACAAGACCGACGUAUGUCGAAAAUCUUUAAACCCACAAUGGAAUAGUACAGAGUGGUAUAGAUUUGAGGUAGAUGAAUCGGAACUGCAAGAUGAACCUCUCCAACUACGUCUCAUGGACCACGACACGUAUUCUGCUAACGACGCGAUCGGCAAAGUUGUAAUUAGCCUCGCACCGUUACUCGCAAGAGAGGCGAACAAUGCAAAUGGCACAACACCACCUGGAGGUGCAGUGUUGUCCGGUUGGAUUCCGGUGUUCGACACGAUGCACGGUAUUCGCGGCGAGCUGAACGUCAUAGUAAAGGUGGAACUUUUCUCCGACUUCAACAAAUACAAGACUUCUAGUGUUGGCGUACAAUUCUUUCAUUGUCCAAUGAUCCCACCAGGCUAUAAAGCCACAGCGAUACAUGGUUUCGUCGAAGAACUGAUAGUGAAUGAUGACCCAGAAUACCAAUGGAUCGAUAAAAUUAGAACUCCGAGAGCGUCCAACGAGGCGAGACAAGUCGCUUUCAUCAAACUUAGUAAUCAGGUUCAACGUCUAGUAGGUCUAAAAGCGGCAGAAUUAGGGGCUAACGCUGUAAUCGGGUAUCAACAGGACUUCGAUUUGGAGGGCGAGGCGGGUGUCGUGGCCCGAGCUAUUGGUACCGCUGUUAGUAUAAAACCACUUCCAACUCCGAACCUUCCGACGAACAUGACUUGCACACAACAACAAUUAAAAAAGUACUUGGACAUUUUGGCGACUGAUGAAGACAGUAUAACGGAUUUAAAUCAAUAUUACCAAACGCAUCAAGAGGAAUUACUGAGAAUCGUUAGCAUCUUGAAUCCAAAAGCCACAACCCUGUUAGAUGAAGCUGAUACAUUUGAUGAAGACGACAAAAGCCUAGAGUCACUAACACCACAACAACAAAAUCUGAAAAAUUAUACUGGCGAUUUAUCUAUAUACCAAGACGAAUAUGUUGCUCGGAAGAGUUUAAGGCAUCUAUCUGAAGAUCAAAUAGAUCUUAAUAAGCUUUUGAAUCGAGAAGAACCGGCAGACUCCAUCGGCCCAUUAAAAAAAAUAAAGAAAAUAAAAGAUAAUUUAUUUUCUAAGAAAUUCAGAAAAACUCGCUCUGGAAAAUCUAAUAUGCAAGAUGAUCAAGUAUCACUUAAAUCAACAUCGUCAGAUACAUCGAAAAUAUCGAUAGCUGAUAUUAAAAAUGAGAUUAAAAAAAUUAAGAAGUUAAAAGUCACAAAGCUUCUCAAAGCUGAAAAUAAAGAGGAAGAAGGUAUCGGCAUGGCGUCAAUAUUGGCGCGAUCAGUUAUGCAUGCUGAUAGAAGCCUAGCUCGUAUCUCAGAAACCCAAGAUUCAGAAUGUUCACCUUGUUCCACUUUGAGACGGACCAGUGAAUCCGAGCCAGUACUUAGUACGUCUGAUAAUAAUAAAACAACAGAUACAAAAAAUAACGAUAACUCUGGAAGUAAUGCGCCCGAAAUACAUAGUGGUUCCUUAGAGAAUAUAAGAGAUACGGUCAAUAUCGAACGUGAAAGGAAGAUAUCCGAGUCAUGUCCCUCUACACCAAUGACUAUAAGAAGCGAAAAUCUUCUUAAAUUACCACGGGAUGUCGAAUAUUUUGGUUCUGUUUCAUCAGCUCUUUCGGCUGAAAGUUCUGAAAUGUAUUCAUCAUCGGAUGAAGAUGAUGAAAGCUCUGAUAUGAAAAGUGAUCUUGAAUCAGCUUUUGAGACGACUAGUUCUGUUGUCAAAUCUGUCCUCAACCAUGGCGUUGAUCCAAACUUUAUCGCUCAAAUGGAAAAAAAGCUAACGGUACUCGAAUCGAAAACGGCAAACGUUGGAAAAUCGAAUGAUGCUCUAAAAGCGGAACCGACACAAAAUUCCGCCGAAAACGUAGCAAAGGUAGAACAAAAUAUUGUUAACACAGACACCUUUGAAGAACCAAAGGAUUCUAAUAAAGACCGUAAUCAAGAUUAUGAAAAGAUAGUCAGUGAAUCAAAAUCUUCGCCUGCAAAAGAAACGUGUGUAAUAAAACCAAAUUCUCACCUUAUAAAAAUCCAUAAUCCUUUUACUCACAAAAAAGCCGCAAAGAGUAUUAGUGCACCUUCAUCCCCUGUAGAAAAGAAAGGCUUUAUGUAUCGCUCCUCAAAGCGGAUCAAGCGACAAAUGUCAAAGAUUUCAAAAAGCAGCAUGAUAAAGAGCUUAUCCCAUUAUUCUUUGCUACCAAAGAAAAAACAUGUAGACCCAAAAACUGCUUUUAGUCAACCAGGAUCAGCGUCUGACGUAACGUCUAAAGCUCCUAGUGACACGGUUUUAGGUUCUCCUUUUCUAUCAUAUACAGACCUAAUGAGUUUAGAUAAAGAAGGAUUUAAUUCAUUUAACCGUCUUCAUAAAAGCGACGACAAUGUAACUACGAAAGUAUCUAUGUAUAUUGGAUCAGAACCAGUAUCGAGAGCCUCUCUCAGUGGGCCAUCGAGUACAAAAGACGAUAGUCAUUUACAUGAGCAAAGAUCAUUUAGAAAAGAUAAAUCACGCCUCAAACCAACGGGUCUUAUUCAUACAGCAAUGGAAACCAUUUUAAUGGAUAAAGUUGAUACUUUAUUGAUACCAACCAGUCCUGGCCCGGUUAAAACUGGCGAACAAAAAUUUUUCGCCGAUGUCCAUGAAAAAUUAGAAAAAGUUGAAGAAGCUCAAAUACAAGAGCAAAAGCUUGCCGAAACUUCUAACGAAAAGAAAAAUGCUAGCGAUAAGGAAAAGUCUAAUCGUAAACUAGUGAGACAAGACAGCAUUCACUCCAGUGAAAGCGGAUCGCGCAAAAUGUCCAAUGUUGAGCCUAAUAUCGUCAUUCCGCCCAAAUUAACAAACGCACCGGUCUUGCAACAUUUCCAUCCCAUACUCAGUGGCGCACAUUUAGAGACGAUACCAUCUCUACCAGAGAGUAGCUUUGAUAGAGGCGACAGCUUAAAUGUAGAAAGUGUGUCUACUAACAGUGUUAGCGUGUGUUUUAACUCGCAUGCAGCGUGCAAUUUUGACAGGGAGCGGGAGAGAGAUAGGUGUGACAAUAAGUGCGAGAAGGACAGAGGAUCGCCGCGACACAUGAGGCACGAGUCGUACGGGGGAAGAGAGCCUGUGGGAAGUGUUAAUGCUCAGAAUGCAUCAUUAAAUUCAUCGUCUAAUCCCAUGGGGAUUCACAGACGAUCAUCAGAUUCUGACCUCAGUGUUACACCGAAAGGUAGUUCAUUAAAUGCGUCAGCUGGCAACACUGGUAGUGGAGGAGGCGCGAUAUUACGUCCUUCCAUGAAUAGCAACAAUUUAGAAAUGUUAGAGUACCCUUUCUUGACCAUGACUGAGUAUCCUCCAGGAUUUAUUGUUCAUAUUGGCGGCACGGUGUGCGCGCGCUCGGUGAAGCUGGUGGACGGCGGCGGCGAGGCGGCGGCGCGCGCGGCGUGGUGGGCGGAGCUGCGCACGGAGCUGCGGGCGCACGCGCGCGCGCUGCGCUGCUCCGCCGUGCUGGCCUACGCCGAGCGCGCCUCCGUGCGCGAAGACGUAUGCGUGCUAUCAGUAUCUGGAACCGCUGCAGUUAUUAACUUGGACUGCGAUUUUACAGCAGAAGAUCCAAUUUCAUUAGCCACAGGUUCCAAGAACGCAUUGGACGAGGCGGAAAUCGAACCUUGUUCCAUCGCGCACGUGCCGUACUCGCCGGGCGCGGGCCCCUACCGCGCCGAGCUGGCGGCCUGCGGCGGCUGUCGGCGAGCGCGAGUGCCGACCGUGUUGCUGGCGACGUGCGUGAAGCCCAACAGGCUCACCGCAUACGCUAAAACCAUCACGCUCACCGCUGUCGCGGCCCGGUCGCGCCGCGCGGUGGGCUCGGAGGCGGGCGCGCGCGACCUCUCCGACCAGCUGCCCUUCCUCGAGUACGAGCUGCACAAGCUGUUGUUGGCUAAACUACGCAUGCAGGGCGCGAACGCGAUCUUCUCGCUGCAGACGCAGAUCGCCAUCGGCGAGCGCUGCGUGCUGGCGCUGGCCAGCGGCAGCGCCGCGCGCCUCGCCGCGCUGCCGCCGCCCUCGCCGCCCAGGAUCAAGGCAUCAGAAAACGAUAAAAAUGCAAUAGAAAUUCAAAAAGCGCUGUGGGACACGUUCACUGCCAACAAAGCUGCCAAUGGAUAUGACAUAGAACAAGAGCACAGUACAAACGGGUCGUUGCCGGAAACAGAGGACGAGGGCCCGGUGUUGGACCUCUGUGCGGACAAAGACGCGUGCGUGUUGGAGUUGGACGAGGCGGAAGAUGUGGAGACAGCCAAGGCGCUGGCAGUGCGGAGGACGCACAUGCAAGUGUUCACGAACGCGCUGCGGCCCGCCGACAACGCGCCGCCUCAUGCUUUCAUGCAGGUGUGGCGCGCGCGGCUGGGCGCGGGCGGCGCGGAGCGGCUGGCGGGCGCGGCGCUGGGCGGCGCCGCCUACAAGCUGCGGCGCCUGCGCCCCGCCGCGCUCGCGCCGCCCGCCUUCCAGCUCGACGCGCCCGAGGAUGAAAUCCAGCUAGUUGUAUCCGGCACAGCCAUCCCCCUGUUCGAUCCCUCCAAAGCGGAGCACAACAACGGGGUAGAAAGGGACGGGAAUGAGGGAGAUGAUGAUAUAUUUGCAUUAGAUGAGGAACAACUGGUGAAAGCUCCGGAGGUGGUGGAAGACAAGAAUAAUGGACCGUUCGGGAGUCGGAGGCUUCAACAGGCUCAUGUAACUUAUGUAACGCCGCAGCAGGCGUCGUGGUCGCGCGUGUCGCUGACGACGCUGGCGGCGCCGGGCGGGCGCGCGGCGCGGCGCGUGUGCGCGCUGCGGCUGCUGUUCGUGCGCGAGACCACCGCCGUGCGCGAGCUGGGCGGCCUCAGCGGCUUCCUGCACACCUUCACCUGCGAGGUGCUGGCCAUCGUGCGCGCGUACACGGCGGCGCUGGGCGGCAACGCGCUCACCUCGCUGUACUUCGCGCACCUGCUGCUGCACCACAACGCGCACAAGAACCAAGGACAAUGCCUCCUCUCAGUGGGCGGUGACGUCGUUCACGUUACAUAU